AUGGCUGGCAGAUUACCUGCCCACAAAGCCGCCAAGCUGGGCCACAAAAAGUCCCGUAAUGGCUGUCAAAAGUGGCUGGAGUGCAUCUGGGCCGACAUGGCCUCCCGGGGGCCGACCUCGUCCACCUCUGUUGACAAGUCCCCUCGCACGCAAUCCUCGCAUGCGUCUCCUACGGUCUCGAUUGACCAACCUCAAGCAGAUGUUUCCCACCAUGACUUCGGAUGGUUCAGGCUGCGCCCUCCUGGAACCCCCGAGUCCCUUAGCCGAUGGUAUCCUCAAUCUGAUACUACUAUGGACAAAGAUGAGGACAUCCCAGAGUCCAAGGAAAGGCGUCUCCUAGAGCAUAGGCUCAUGCAGAAUUACCUAUUCAAUCUUUCUCAGCCUUUUCCAGUCCCGCCGGGGCCGGAGUGGAAAGAUCUGUGGACCAGGCGCAUCCCUCAAUUGGCUCUCGAGUACGAUAAUCUGCUCAACGCGGUCAUGGCCAGCUCGGCAACACACCUUCUCCGCAGCGAGCCGGACAAUUCUCACCUCUUUGCCGCGCGUCAGCGGUACAUGGUAGCCUCGUUCCGGGAUCAGAGGAAGAUGGUCGAGACAAUGACGCCGCAGUCCGCCGAUGCUGUAUGCUACGCAGCCGUGAUUGUUCUCGUAACCGCGUUUGCAAUGCUGCAGGAGCGCGAGCUAGAGCCGUAUGCACCGCCUGUGGCCUGGCUGCAAAUGGGCAGAGGAGCUGCCACAGUCAUCUGGAUGAGCGUCCAGAAGAUCAUGAAGUCUGGCAAUCCGGAAAAGUCAGACCUCAUAACCAUAUCAAUGUCUUUUCCAAAACUCGGUACAGAUGAAUCCUACUUUGACGCGAGCUUCCGCGCCAACUUUGUCGGCAUCCUGACCCAGCAGCUGCCGUCAGGAGAUCAUUGGGACGAUGAGACCCGCGACGCAUAUGAACGGACGCUCAGCUAUGUUGGCUCCAUCCAGAGCGCCAUCGACCACGGAGAACCCACCUAUGUUAUCUGUCGCCGGCUUCACGGGUUUCCUAUGGUGAUGCCGCCCAAGUUUAUCGACUUUGUCGCAGAAAAGCGGCCGCGGGCCCUGGUCAUCCUGGCGCACUACUUUGCCAUGGCGGCCCAGGUCAAGGGAGUCUGGUGGCUGGAAAAUGACAGUAGGGGCAGCCAUACCAUACCACAGAGAGAGAUCGGUGCCAUUAACUCCAUCAUCCCUGACCAGUGGCGAGGCCAGAUGAUGUGGCCUCUGGAAAUGGCGAGCCUGCAAUUGCGGUCGUGA